AUGGGAUCGGAACAGAGUUCUCAAGGUGGAACGCAGAGUGCUAAUACUAAUAGAACAAGAAAUGUACCAUUGAGACGUGGUAAAAGUGUACCAAAUCGUGAACGAGUACCAGAAGAUACACCACCAAGAUGUACUAGUCCUGGUGCAAGCAUUUGUUCAGAUUCUGACCUACCAUAUAUAUCUUAUACUGUGAAUAGACCUAUCGGCGAUUCACCAAAGAUGACAAAUAAACAAUCACAGUUAUACAGAGGCAAAAGUUUGGGUGCGCAAGAUAUAUCUAGACGUAAAAAUAGCUUAGGUUCCAGUAGCUACAGGAAAACUACCUCCGACAAAAUUCACAACAUUGUUGUAGUGAAACCAGCCUUGCAAGAUCCGACAGCCGAUAAAGAUCCUGACUUGGUUAAAUUACAAAGUAUUCCCAUGUUCCUACCUAUUAUGCGUGGCACUCUCAAUCUGCCACCUGGCGUAAGGGAUCCAGAGGUCCUAGAAAGACUCAAUCCCAUUGGUCUGUUCAACCUGUGUGCUCGGUAUCAACAUCACCUUAACACUAAUGCUCAAAUGAUAGCCACCGAACAAUCCACUCUAUGCAUCAAUAUUGAACCAGAAGUAACCAAGAUUCUUAAUUUGGUAACAGAAAGACAAAAAAAGUUUGCCAAGUUUACUGAACAACUGAACAAAAUACAUGAGCUUAGUAAACAACUAACUAAAUGCCAUUCUCUUUUGAAUCAAACUCUGGAAAGCCUUGAAACUUUGAACAAUCUUUUACCAAUAGAGGAUAGGUUAGAACCAUUUGUAUGGACUACUGGAUAA